AUGACGAGCCUUGCCAUGAGAAAUAUACGCUCUACUACUAGAUCAGCGACACAAUUAACAGAGCGAUCAUCGUCACGCAUCACACGAAAGCGUCCACUUUCUACGUCGGAGAGAGGUACGGGCAAGAGAAUUAAGACGGAAGUCCGAGACGAUACUUCCAACCUUGUGCUUGAAUCUGCGCCUACCAGUCACAGCCGCAGUAGUGAUAGUGACCUUGGAGCUAGAAAAAUUGCGGCCCAUGCUCGAUUUCAUCAGACGUCGCCUUUCCCUGACUUUGACAGGCCGUCACCGGCAGAAUGUGAACUGGCACAUCAGAUUCUCGCAGACCUUCAUGGAGAAAAAGUGCGGCCCGCCGUAGUAGUCGCUCCGACGAGUAGUGCUAGCUGUGGUGACUCACCAUCGGUACUUGACGCGCUUCUGCGAACAAUUCUAUCGCAAAACACCACGAGUGCCAACUCGACGCGCGCCAAACUGAGCAUGGACCAGGUCUAUGGACGCCACGAUGACUGGGAUGCUAUUGUGCGUGGCGGACAGAGUAAAUUACAAGCCGCCAUUAAAUGUGGCGGUCUCAGUGCUGUAAAGAGUCGCGUCAUCCUCAAUAUCCUCGAUCAAGUUUACUCACGAUACGGUCGAUAUUCGCUCGAUCAUCUAUUCAAUGCCUCUAGUGAUGAGGCUAUGCGCGAAAUGCUUUCUUUUCGUGGCGUCGGUCCUAAGACGGCGAGCUGCGUCAUGCUAUUUUGCCUGCAGCGAGAAAGCUUCGCUGUCGACACGCACGUUUGGCGUAUCACGGGCUUACUAGGCUGGCGACCUGCCCAUGCUGGACGCGACGAAAGCUUUCGACAUCUAGAUGCCCGAAUCCCCGAUAAAGACAAGUACGGCCUACAUAUUCUCUUAGUGACUCAUGGAAAACGGUGUGACGAGUGUAAGGCGGGCGGAAAAGUGAGGGGAAAGUGUCCUCUGCGAGUAGAAUUUGCGGCUAAGUACCCUGCGAAAACCUUAAAAAAAGAAGAGGAACAGGAAUUACAAGAGAGCAAGGUUUAUAUAAAAAAAGAGGCCCACAAUACACCGGUUCAUUGCGAAGAAAAGGCCAGUAAUGGGAUAUUAAGUGGUGAAGAAGAGUCAGUUUUAAAGGAAGAGUAUGCAGAGCAUAUUAAUAUACCAGUAAAACGGGAGCAACCUAUAUAG